AUGACCGAAAUAAACACUGACAUCCUCGAUGGAACUGCGGCAGAGAGUUUGAGACAGAAGCAAGAUGGUGCCGAGAACAGUAGCUUCAGCGAUGAUGCAGAGCUCAAGUACCAGUACCCUACAGGGCUGUCGGUCACCUUUAUUCUCACAUCAGUGACCCUAGCAUAUUUCCUAUUCUUCCUUGACCUUGCUGUCAUAUCCACGGCCACCCCAGCCAUCACAUCCCAAUUCGACUCAUUGGUGGACAUUGGCUGGUAUGGUGGUGCCUACCAGCUUGGGAGUGCAGCAUUUCAACCUGUGACUGGUAAGAUUUAUAGCCAGUUCUCUAUCAAGUGGACCUUUUUAGUCUUCUUUGUUAUUUUUGAGAUUGGGUCUGCCGUAUGCGGAGCGGCCCAGUCGUCGCCUAUGUUUAUCGUCGGCCGAGUCAUCGCGGGCAUAGGAUCUGCUGGAGUGGCUAACGGCGCGGUGACAACCAUCUCUACUGUUUUGCCGCCACGAAAACAGGCGCUGUUUAUGGGUCUCAAUAUGGGAAUGGGCCAGUUGGGCCUUGCGACGGGCCCCAUCAUUGGAGGAGCGUUCACUACAAACGUGUCCUGGCGGUGGUGCUUUUACAUCAAUCUCCCCUUGGGUGUUAUCAUCGGCGGCUUUUUGCUCCUACACAAGAUCCCCGAGCCCAAACCCAAAAGCCCUCCCAUGGAGAUUCUCGGCACAGCCAUCAAAUCGCUAGAUCUCCCAGGAUUUAUGCUCAUUUGCCCGGCGGUUGUCAUGUUCCUCUUAGGACUUCAGUUUGGUGGCAAUCAACACUCCUGGGAUAGUUCAGUUGUGAUUGGCUUGUUGGUUGGCUCUGCGUUUACCUUUGGUCUCUUUCUGGUUUGGGAGUAUCACCAGGGAGAUAAUGCCAUGGUGCCACUUGCCAUGCUCAAGCACCGAGUCAUCUGGUCGGCCGCCAUGACCAUGUUCUUCGGCCUGUCCAGCGUCCUGGUAGCCGAUUUCUACAUCGCAAUUUAUUUCCAGGCGAUUCACGACGACACGCCCUUGAUGAGCGGCGUGCACAUGCUUCCCAUCACUCUCGGCAUGGUCCUGUUUACCAUGGUCUCUGGCACUCUGAUUUCCGUUUUAGGCUACUAUCUUCCGUUUCUUCUCGCAGGGGGUGCGAUAUCAGCCGUUGGCUACGGACUCUUGUCCACACUAAGUCCGACAACCCCGGUCGCCAACUGGAUCGGAUACCAGGUUCUCUACGGCGUUGCAAGCGGCUGCACGGCGGCGGCUCCAUACAUCGCGAUACAAAGCUUGGUAGCUCCCGAGCAGAUCCCCCUCGCCAUGGCAAUUAUAAUAUUCUGGCAAAACAUCGGGGCGUCAACCUCUCUGAUCGCGGCAAACGCCAUUUUCAGCAACAGCCUCCGUAAGGAACUUCAUAAGCGUGCUGCACAGAUUGGCCUCUCCCCGGAAGCCAUCGUCGAUGCGGGAGUCCGCUCCAUACACGAUCUGGUGUCUGACUCUCAACUCAGUGCCGUGUUGGCGGCCUACGCCAAAAGCAUCGACCACGUCAUGUACCUUGGUAUCGCUGUCGGUCUCGCCGUCUUGGCCUUCUCUCCGGGACUUGGAUGGAGGGACAUUCGCAAGGCCAAGAACCUGCAAGUCAUUACGAGCGAGCCUCGUCAGGGUGAUAAUGAGGUGGCAAGAAACGAAACAGUGGUGGGCGACAAGUAA